UCAUUUCCAGCACAGAAAAAGAGCAAAGAAAAGCAGAGCCCACACCCACUAAUCCAUCCAUUCUCACUCCAAAAAGGGGCAAAGAAGUUGGGAGCAAAUUUCUCGCCUUUCACACUUCUUUACUCUUCUUCUUAUUUCCCCAAAUCCCUCAAUCAGACCUGUUCUUCACUCCAUCGCUUCACCCAAUCAAAAAAUGGAAGAAACCCACAAUCCCCACCCUCCAAUCCUCAAACUCCUCGACGUCUCUCUGCGACUCUUCUCCGUUCCUCUCACCAUCGCUUCAAUCUGCCUCACCGUCACCAACCGCCAGGACAAUCCCGACUACGGCACCUUGGAGUUCCACAAUCUCAGCGGCCUCAAGUACAUGGUCUGCAUAUCCGCCAUCGCCGCCGCGUACGCUUUGUUCGCCGCCGCGUUCUCCUGGCUCCGAUGCUUCGCCGCCAAGGCUUGGGUCUUCUUCGUUUCCGACCAGAUUGUGGCUUAUUUGAUGGUGACAUCGGUAGCGGCGGUGGGGGAGAUUCUGUAUUUGGCUUACUAUGGAGACAGGGAGGUUUCGUGGAGUGAGGCUUACAGCACAUAUGGGAAGUUCUGCGACAAGAUGAAGAUGGCUCUGGUUUUUCAAGCUUUGGGAUUUGGGUGUUUCUUUGUGGUGGCUGUGGUUUCUGCUUUUAGGGCUUUUAGUAUCUUCGACCCUCCUCUUCCUUCUCAACACCUUCAACACCAAAGCAAUUAGAUUUUGCUUCUACUUCAAAUUCUGAGAUUUGUAAUGCCUUUGCCAAUUACUUUUAUGUUUGUUGUAUCAAAUAAGAAAGUGCAAAAGUGUUUGAUUUUCAUUUGCA